GGUGGCGCUAAGGAAGAAGUUGAGGUCUGUGUUGUUCUUCUGUGACGACUGUUUCAGGAAAUUGCAAACUGUUUAGAAAAUUUUGGCUUGUGUUAAUAGUGUCGUCCAUUUACAAAACAUCCAUCUGCUUAAGUAGUGAGGCAGCAGCAGCAGCAGCACCAUCAUCAUCAGAGCGUGAUGGCAUAAUGGCUUCGGGGAAGGAUCGGCGGGCCUAUGAGCACGAGUCUUCCAGUGACACUGAUAACCCGGACUCUGAUGACCGACGACCCAGGCCAUACAGGAACCGCUUUGGAUACCAGUCCUCAUACAGUUCAUCGCCCAAGCCCAAGUCAUGCUUAGUGCAACGCGGAGAGUCUGGUGGAUCAGUAACAGUGUCACACCACAACCACAACUCGAGGGCCCACCACCACGAGUCCGCCAUACCCAAGAUGACCCACCAGCACAGAACGGGUGUACGAAAUCGUGGAGUGAUGCAGCGAGGCUCCCUGGGUCAUUCAUCGUCUCAUGAAGACUCCUCGCCCCAUGCUUCACCUCACCCGUCACCCCUUCUCUACAGCUCCUCGCGUCCUGCACCUCAAGCAAACACACACCAGUGCCAACAUAUUAAGGAAACUGGUCCACCUCCGUCCAGUGAUGAUCGCAUCACAUUGGUGGUGGAAGGCACACGCUUCAUUGUUGACCCUGCCAUAUUCACAGCCCACCCUAACACCAUGCUUGGAAGGAUGUUUUCAUCGGGCCUGGAGUUCACACACCCUAAUGAAAGAGGUGAAUUUGAGGUAGCAGAAGGCUUUUCAUCAGCUGUAUUCCGUGCUGUCCUGGAUUAUUACAAGAGUGGAACAGUUCGCUGCCCUCCCUCUGUUAGUGUACAAGAACUCCGUGAGGCCUGUGACUACCUACUUAUUCCAUUUGAUGCCAACACUAUUAAAUGCCAGAAUUUACGUGGGCUAUUACAUGAGCUAAGUAAUGAAGGAGCUCGCCAGCAAUUUGAAGUGUUCUUAGAGGAGCACAUUCUGCCCCUAAUGGUGUUUGCUGCACAACGUGGAGAUCGUGAAUGCCAUAUUGUCAUACUAUUAGAUGAUGACACUGUAGAGUGGGAUGAUGACUAUCCUCCACAAAUGGGAGAGGAAUACAGCCAAACCAUUUGCUCAACGGCAAUGUACCGUUUCUUCAAGUACAUAGAAAACCGAGAUGUUGCCAAACAAGUGCUGAAGGAGAGGGGCCUUAAGAAGAUUCGUUUAGGUAUUGAAGGAUACCCAACAUAUAAGGAAAAGAUAAAGAAACGGCCAGGUGGUCGUGCAGAGGUUAUAUACAAUUAUGUGCAGCGACCUUUUAUCCGUAUGUCAUGGGAAAAGGAGGAAGCAAAGAGUCGACAUGUGGAUUUUCAGUGUGUGAAAAGUAAAUCUGUGACUGAUCUUGCUGAAGCAACAGCCGACCCUGCUCUUGACCGUGUUGUGACAUUGGAUCCCCCACCUGUGGCCAUGGGUCAUGAAGCCCCUGCUGAGCCUGUGCUGCCCUUGGAGGGUGCAGUGGGUGGAGGUGAUAGUCAUCAGGAUGAGGGAGCUAUUGGAGGAGCAGCGGCAGGACCACAAAACCCAUCUCAUCCAGUAAAUGAAUCAUAUCCAGAGUGUGACUGCAGUGUGGACAUGGUCACAGGAAGUGAAUUAUGAAUAGAAGCCCUGUCUUGUUCACUUUACUAAGGCAGGUGAGUGGUGGACAAGAAGAGGCUACAUGAAGGAGAGCAUCUGUAGCUCCAAGAUUUCACUUCCUGCAUAAUCUUCCUGCAACACCCCUGCUGUGGAGGUCUCUGCCCUUCAGUGACCGCAUGGCAUUAGCUCCCUCUACUAAUGUACCACGUCCUCCUCCUCCUCCUCACCACGAUGCCUCGCCGCAAAAGCUACAAAAUGAUCCCAGCACAAACUUUUGGUCUUGUUUGUUUUGCAGUUGUUUGCUGACUAAACUGCCAGCUUAUAAGAACAUGUUGUUUAAAAGCUCAUAUGACCGUUUGUGAUGCCAAUAGUGAUGACCCUUCCAUUUAGGCAUGAAGGGCAUUUAGGCAUGUAUAUCAAUUAUAAUUGAUAUACAGUACUGUAUUACACAUUUCUUUGUAUACUGUACUGUACAAUUUUUCUUUAGGUCAGAAAUUUAGAAUGGCUAAGCUUUGAUAAUUCUGUCUUAUUAACAUACAGAAAACAAUUGAAAACCUUAUAGAUUUUGCAAGCAUAUCAAUUGUUGCAUUAUAUAUGUAUGAACAUUAAGAAUUGUAUGCAUAUCUGUGAGGGUGGGCAGCUAUGAAGGAAAAGCUAUUUUGUGUUUGCCUUCAUAUCUUGGAAGUGUUGUCUUUAUAAUAUGAACAUUCAUGCUUCCUUUUUGACAGUAAUUGUUGUAUUUAUACGGCACGACAAGCCAUUGCCUUACGAUAUGUCGUGUAAUAAGUAUUAUUCAUAAUGGUUUGGUGCUUCUGGUAAAUUGUGCAUGUAAGUGAAACAUUGUUCCUUUUACUUCUAGGUAACAUUAUGCAGUGUAUAUUGAUUAACAUAUGACCAGUAACAUUCUUCUCUUGUUAACUUGACAGGUGUUACACAACCUUGGGCCUUAGGUAGUACUGGAAUCAAGACCAGACCUUUUAUGUUGACAUUGUAUAUUAACCAACAGGUUUAUGGGUGAUAUCAUGCAAAUAUUUUGUGCACUUUCAGUUUUCAAUUAUGAAUUAUGAUCGAGAUAAUUUUAUGCACGUAAACUUUUACAGAUAAGGUGCCAUUUUGUCAAUUUCCUUGUAUCAUGAAAUACAUAGCCAGCAUGAGUACUGUAUUACCCAAGCUUACUGACUCUGAUCACUUAGCUAUUGUAAGUACUGUAUAUCAUAUCAAAGUAAGAAAUAAUUUGUUUCAACAUAUUGUAUAAGAAUACUAGUAGAUUGAUUCAUUGCCUUGAUCCUUGACAAAUAUAAAUUUCCAUAGGAAUACCAUGUAAUGUAUUUUGAUAAUGACACUGUUAAUGAUAAGGUAAAUACAUACUCUGAACUCUGGUGAUAAUUUAGAGGUGCAGUUUUUCAAAUAAUUAAUUGUAGGAUCUGUAAUAUUAACUGAACUGUUAUAAUUUAAUACUCAACAAGGAAAAUGUUUCACUUCAAACCAAACUGAAAUUUAAGUCAUUGAUAUUUUUGGUGAUGAAGUAUGAGUGGAGUUGGGAUUGAUGUGUAUGUGUGCUUCUCUGGUAUCCACUACUUUCUCUUUCUAUAUAAAUAUAUUUGUUCUAACUGUGAUCCUCCUUCUCACAUUAGCUGCAAGUUAUGUACACAUCUUUUUACCUGUCCAUGUGCAACUCACAUCUUAUAAUGGUAUUACAUGCUAUGUUCUCUUGUUUCAGAGGUUCAUGAAUAUGGUAAAUUUAUUAUUUUGUGUGCAUGUGUGUGUGUUUGUCUUAUGUUAGCCGUUACAUAUUUGUAGUUACGGGUAGAAAGCUAUGUUUGUUGUGCUCUGCCUUCCUUGUAUGUUUUAACCAACCAUGACAUGGCAUUCAUCAUAAAAAACUAUUAUACCUUCUAUAUUCUUCUGUAAUUUACAUUUAUGACAUAUAGAUGUAAAUUAAAUGACUUCUUAUUUCUCAUUUUAUAAAUUGUUCCUGGCAUGUUUUCCUGUAUAUCUUUGUAAACAUAUAUGUGGUUAUAUUCCCGUCUUUUCUUGUCAUCCAGUUUGGGUGUGUCCAGUGCCUUUAAUCCCUCCUCAUAUAUCAUACUACAUAUUUCAAGAAUCCAUUUUUGUGCACAUCUUUUUCUGUUGUGUUAAUGUGUUUCUUUAGAUGCCUACAAUGUUCCACAGUUUCAUAUCACAAUUUGCGUGACAAUAUAAAUAAUUCCUUUGUCAUUUCAACGUUCUUGUAUUUAAGCCUAAUUUUACAUUUGACCAGAAUUGCAUUGAACACAUUUAAUUUAGUGUAUAUGGUUUUUUUUUAGCUGUUAUUGUGUAUAAUUACCCCAGGAUUAUUUUCUUUAUAAAAUUUUUGUAAUAUUUUGUCAUAUAGCCAGUCUCUCUCAAUGGCUUUAUUCCCACUCUCCUUUAUUUAGUCUCUGGCAUUUAUCACCAUUCAGUUUCAUUAUUCAUAAACUAUUAUAUUCACUUGAUUUGUCAAUGUCUAACUUUAUUAUUUUGCCCUAAGCUUUAGCAUCAUCUUGAAACAUGGUCAAGUAAUUACUAACACCCUCUGGCAAAUCUUAAUUUAUAUCAGACACAAUUAUUGCCAGUACCAGUACUUACAUCUUAUGAUAUUUGUAUUAUUGUUAGCAUUUUUUGGUUUAACUGUUGUUUAUCUGUAGUCGGGAUAAUUAUUAAUUAAUUUUAUUAUUAUAAUAAUUAUUAUAAUAAUAAUAAUUGUUGUAUUUAACAAUUAUCACUCUUUCUUCUGCUUGGUCAUCUUUCUGACAGGGGCCUGACAGGUGAGUGGACAGCGCUUCAGAUUCACAGUCCUGAGGUUCUGGGUUUGAUCCUCAGUGGAGGCGGAAACAAAUGGGCAGAGUUUCCCUGAUGCCCCUGUUACCUAGCAGUAAAUAGGUACUUGGGAGUUAGACAGCUGCUACGGGCUGCUUCCUGGGGGUGUGUAACAAAAAGAAGACCUGGUCGAGGACCGGGUCGCGGGGACGCUAAGCCCCGAAAUCAUCUCGAGAUAACCUCAUAGCUUAAGUCAUACAUCCUGAUUUUCAGCUUAAUUGGAAAUUUUGCUUUCACACAGUAUUUUUAUUUCUUGAUAAGACCCUCUAUAAAUCUUAUUCCUUUGACAUCACUUGUUUUGUGUCGUUCAUCUCUUGUAUUGGUAUCCUGAAUGAUAUGUAGGAACUUUUAAAUAAUCUAUAACACAAAUGGUGUUAUAUAGACAUCCAGAAAUAGUGGUUUUUUUUAUAAUAUGGUUCUAAUUUUUUUCAGACAAGAAAUCCCCUUUCCAACUAAGUAAUGUAACCUUUAAACCUAUAUAAUUUAUUUCCAAAUUGGCCUAAUUUGUUCCAAGCCUAAAUAACCCUAUCUGACUUUUGUGAGCAAUGAGCAACUAAUAAGUACCAGAAUUGAGCUCCUUUAACAUAGCUGCUGCAUUUGAAACAUUGCAACCCUGACGUAAACUGUGUACACACUCACUGUCCAGUCCCAACUGCUAGUAACAGCUCCUGUCUUCCUGAGUGCUCUUCCUGACUUAUAAUAUUCAGAUAGGUGUAGGCUAUCCUUUUGGCCUUUGCUCUACAGAGACGUAUGUUUGUACUAGUUUCAUUUUUCUGCUCCACUUGUAUAUAUUUUACAGCCUAACUUUUAUGUAAACCUCGAGUCUUGUUUGUUUCAACAGCUUAUGGCUAGAGUUCCAUUUUUUAUUUGUUAUUGGCAUUACCCGUGCCCCAUCAAGGUUCUCUUCCCCAAGGGGUUUGACGUCUCAUUCCCCCCCACUUCAGGCUGCCACCUCUCGUAGGGUCUUGCUCCGGCUAGUAUAUUGGCUUUGGAUCCUCUCCAGGGCUUGAAGGUUGGGGUGUACUGUAUUUUUUGUUGAUUUUAAGGGGACUAUGGGUUCAAAGCAAACUUUUGUUCUGCUUGCUGCUUUGCCACAUUUCCAGGUUGGAGGUUGGUAUUUGCAUUUCCUGCACCUGGCCUCCUGGCCAAUUAAUCCUGGUUUGGUGCUGGUAAUUCCUGACAGUUCUCAUAUAGUGUGGAUUUGGUGUGUACCUUCCCUCAGACCCUACUACAACAGUUGGGCUGAUUGUGUUCAUUCCUGGGUCUACGAUGUGUGGCAUCACUGGUCCUUGUUUUUUGCUGCACCACAUGCAGGGGUGAGGCUUUUAAGGCAGCAACUGCUUUAUGGGAAUGUGCAUCCCCUUUUUUUUUUCUUCUUCUUCUUCUAAGGGUGCGUGUUGAUGUAAUUUGUGCCAAACAUUAUGCAGCUAGUUUCUUUGUCUGCAAGGUGUGAGGAUGGUUGGGUCUGGAUUCUUGAUGCUUGGCUACAUUGGGCUGGCUUAUUGGAGCAUUGCAGGUCUGGGUUUGCCUCGCAUGGUGUCUGCCCCCUGUGGAGCAGAGGAUUGGUUUGAUACUGGAGUGGUUAAAUUGUUCCCUCCCUGUGGUGGGUAUUCCAUGUGUUCCUGGUCCUUCAGUGGGUCUUGCCAGGCUCUGGGUUUAUUCUCAUCCUCUCAUGUUAGUGAGGCUUUUUCCCAAUCCUUCCCUCCACAUGGUCUUCUUCAGUCUACCACACAUGGCUUUGCAGGCAGAUGCUUGGUUUGUGGCCUUGGCUCUUCCAUGUGUGUUCUGUCUUUUAAGUCACCCUCAGUGGUUCAGGAAUUGGCUAGGGUUUGUGUGGUUGAUUUGUUGCCAUUUCUGGGAUUUUUAUUUUCAGUUUGUCCCUGGUGACUGUUCAGGAUUUGUAUUUUGGCCUCCCUCGAUGAUUGGCUGGUUUGGACUACCCAGCAUGUAUGCAAGCCAGGGUUCCGGUUCUUACCUUGUUCAUGACUGAGUUCCUUGUCACUUGGAGACAUUCCCAGCUGGUUUUGUUGCCAGUUUGGACUUGGCUACAAUUUAUCUGGUAUUGCCAGUCAGCAUCACAGUUUCUGCCUCAGGUGGCUCUGCUUCACUGGCUUAUCCAUUCCAUAUGUUGUGAUGAUAUUUGCUUGGGAUCCUUUUGUUUGGGCAGUUGUACAGUGCAUUGCUCUUUUUUUUUUCCGGUGUUGUUUCACUGCUAGGUGGAGUAUAGCUGCAGACAUUGUUCCAGUUUCUCUGGUACUGUCUCUUUUGCCACUGUAGAGUCUGUCAGAUUUGGACCAUGUUUCUCCAUCAAUAGCAUUAUGUAUUGGCCACAGCCUGGCAUGUUUCUCUUUCCCAUCCUUUUUGGGCUGGAGUUAUUGCCAACUGGGUGAUCCUUCUGGUUCCUUGGUGGACAGCUCUGCCUUUGUUGUUGGAGCUCACCCACAUUGUGUGACUCCAGCUCUUUCAGGGAAUUAGUUAGGGGAUGCUCCUUGAUGGUUUGAGAGACUGCCAGUCAUUAUAUUUUGGCUUUCCGAGUCUUGUUUCCUGAUGCUUAUAUAGGAUUCAAGUGGUAUAUCGUCUGUUGCUCCAUUUGCAGCUUUCUUUCCUGUGGCAGUGUUUUUUAACUGUUUUUCGGUGCCUAGCUUCAGUGUCAGUUCCAGUCAUCCUGUCUUUCCUGGCUGUUUUGUUUACUGUCUUUUGCUGCCUCAUUCUUUUGGUCUCUUUUUAAUCAUCUUUGGCACAGCCUUUUUUACUGGUUUUUGGCACUGAUGUUUUGUCUUUGCCGUUUCAUACUUUGUCUCAUUUUUUUUCACCUCCUUAGGUUUCUUGGUCUCUGGUUUGUGUGCUUGUUUUUCUUUUAUCUUAUCAUUUUUGUGUGUUCCCUUCAGUCCUGGGUCUUUUCUUUUAGGCUGCCAUUUUCUUUCUUGUGUUCCUGGGGAACAGUUUCUUCUUGGCUCAGAAUGAGAUAGUAAGAUCCCAGAAGGGUCCUUGGUUUUUAAGCCAGGGAUUCAUCACUUCUUUUGUUUCUGGCAGUUCGUCAAUCUUUGGGUGUCCUUUGGGAUGCCCCAAGUGACAUCACCAGUUGUCUCCAGUUGUAUGUGAGGGGUGGUUUGGUAUCAUGAGCCUGUAGUCUCUUUGAGCUCAUGUCUGCAAGUUUAUGGCUCUUUCACUUCUUUUUCCCAUAGAUUUUGAUGCUCUUGGCAUGGUUCUUCGUCCGUGUUCUUUAGCAGCACAAGAUUAGCGUGAAAUUGGGUCAGGUGUCAAUGUACCGUUUUCCUUUUGGGGAAGGAAGACAAUUUCCCAGCUGCUUGCCUCUCCUCUGGGAGACACUGAGGGAAGUCCUCCCAGAAAUCCAGUGUUGAAUGUAAUGAAACGCCCCUUUCUGGUGGGUCCUCUUGGUGGCUUUUUCUUCACACCCUUCCCUCCUCCUGGGGUUCAUAUGGUUUCUUUUGGCUAGUGCAUGUUUGGGACAGCUAACUUGCUAGAGCACCACUUUGCCUGGGCUACCAUCGGCUAACAAGCAAUUGGGACUGGACAGUAAGUGUGUGCACAAUUUGUGUCAGAAUUUUUUAUGUUUUCCAUGCAGUUACUUUGGUGCCCUACUCUAGAUAUUUUAAAUAGCAGAUUGGAUUCUAUCCUACAUUUAUUUACUUUACCUUCUUAAUAAUUUGCUACUUCAUCUAUUUUGUUAAUGGACAAGCUUUAAAACAAGCUUUCCUAGCUUGUUUUAAACUUUUGGUAGGAUUGUGGGUUAGUUUAUUAAAGUAGUGAUUUAAAUCUUUAUUUCCAUUGUUGCCUUCCACCAUAUGUGGUUUAACCAAUAAUAUAC